ACGUGCGACGGGGUCACCAGGAGAACCCAGUAGACGUCAGCUGGCACUCAGCUCAUCACUGGCCUGCCCGCGGGCGUCCCAGCCUGUGUCAGGGCCCUCAGGCCCUGCCACCCUCAGGAUGCCCCACCCAGGACCUCGGCCCCUGGCCCGGUCCUGCUCCCCAGAGUUGUACCCUCUGUACCAGCUGGGCAACCCCCAGCUCCGGGUCUUCCGCACCAACUUCUUCAUCCAGCUGGUGCGGCCCGGCACGGCCCAGCCCGAGGAUACUGUGCAGUUCCGGAUCCCGAUGGAGAUGAGCAGAGUGGACCUCAGGAGCUACCUCGAGCGCAUCUACAACGUGCCGGUGGCCGCCGUGCGGACAAGGGUGCAGCACGGUUCCAACAGGAGGAGGGAUCACAGGAACGUCAGGAUAAAGCAGCCAGACUAUAAGGUGGCCUACGUGCAGCUGGCACACGGGCAGACCUUCACGUUCCCAGAUCUGUUUCCCAAGGGAAAGCGGCCCGGAGGCAGCUCUGUGGACGAGGACCUCCAGGACCAGGUGCUGGAGGAGCAGCGGCGGCGCCAGAGCCCCGACCCACGGCGCGGGGGCGUCCCCGGCUGGUUCGGCCUGUGACUGGAGCCAGCCAUCACACUCGAAUAAAGUGCUGCUCGUGGCGACGG